UUACGCAUGCGCGUACUGACCACAACAAUGUGCCGAACAUAACCUCUAAAUUGGUAAUAACGUGAAAAAGAAAUUGUCAAAAAGUGGGCAAAAAGUUAAGUGAAUAUUAGAUAAUUAAUAUAAAGAGGAAUUUUAAUCAGCUCUCGUUGAAGUUUAGCAAAUAAAAUGGAUAAACUGUAUAAAGCGUAUAAACAUUCGUAUAAAGUUACGAGAAGGGGAAAGUAUCUUUCGAAAGGUGUUAAAAAACUCUGGCAAAAUGAUGUUGUAAAUUACAACGGUGUUUAUCAAUAUCCACGUAAACUCGAUCAUCAAGAUCCUCCAAUUAAACCAUCUAAAUUACUUAUGGUGGAACAAGUAAAAUCCUUAAGCGGAUCACCGUAUUGGGACAAAGAAAUUAUGAGUCACUUGAAAUUUGACGACUUUUAUGAUGCAAAGUUAGCGAUUGUUAAAAAUACACCACAAAUUUGUGAGUCUUUAAUGAAGGUUAAACAUUUAAUUAAAAUAACGCCUAUUGAUUUACCCGAAGAAUUACCAAAGGAUCUUUUAACAAAUAAGGACACUUACCUGCACGAGAGUGGAAAACUUAUGAUUUUCCCGCGAGUCGAUCAGAAACGUUUAGAUGCUCUUGACGGGUUUAAGAAAAACGUCAAGAAAUUCGAUGGCAACACAAUGAGAAAAUAUUUACGACACAAAUGGAUGAAUCCAAUCGAUUCUAACGGUUCUGUUUAUAAUAAUGUCAAUAAAGGUGAUUAAGGUGAAAAGAAAUUAUUUGUAAAUUUUAAAUUUCGUUUUUUUGUUAAUAAAAAAAAAUUAUCUAAA